CAACGAACAAGAUGGAUGGAGAAGAAGAAGAAAUGUGUAAGCAAGUGUCCCACAGCUUUGUGCUCAUUCUGUGCUUUGGCCUGGACGUUCCAUUGCUGUUUCCCAAGGUUCAGUUCCUCACAACUAGCAUGGGAUAGCAGCAGAAUCAUGGAAGAAGGAGAGCUACCUUGGCUUUUGGUAGAUGAAAUUGGUGGCAUACGUGGGAUACUGCAUAGCCAUGUGCCAUUCCUGAAGAAGCAUUUCCACCUCAUCACCAUGAAGGAAUUUCUUGAAAACAGAAAGGAUAUUGGUAAAAAGGUCCAAGCAAUUUAUUUGUGGUGGCACAAACCAGUCAUCAACAAAGAGCUCCUCCAGAGCCUGCCAAGCUUGAAAGUGAUUGCGAAUUCUGGAGUGGGGAUGGAUCACCUGGAUCUGAAGCUUGUAGCUAGCUUUGGUGUGAAGAUGGCUAAUGCUCCACGUGCUGUUUCCAGCAGCACAGCAGAUACUGGGAUGGCUUUGCUGCUAGCAUCUGCUAGAAGACUAGUGGAAGUCCAUAACAUUUCAAUUUCUCCAAGUAUGAAGUACUGUGAAGCUGAUAUUCUGGGAGUUAAAGUUGCUGGAGCUACUCUGGGGAUCGUUGGCAUGGGCAGCAUUGGGUAUAAGAUUGCUCUGAGAGCUAAAGCAUUUGAAAUGAACAUUUUGUACCACAACAGGACACAGAGGAAAGUGCAAGAGGAGCAAGCUGUUGGUGCCACUUACUGCAAAAAGAUAGACAGCUUGCUUCAGCAGGCAGAUUUUGUGAUGCUGGUGGUGAGCCUGACACCUCAGACACACAAGCUGAUCGGGAAAAGAGAGCUAGAGCUGAUGAAACCCACAGCUACCCUCAUUAACAUCAGCCGAGGUGCAGUAGUUGACCAAGAGGCGCUGUUGGCAGCUCUGCAAACCGGUGUUAUCAGGGCUGCAGCUUUGGAUGUCACCUCCCCAGAGCCACUGCCCAGAGACCAUUCAUUGUUAAAAUUAAAGAACAUCAUUAUAACACCUCACCUCGGCAUUAAAACAGACAAGGCCACCUACAUGAUAACAGAGGAAGCAGUUGAAAACAUACUAGCAGCCCUGAAUGGUCUCCCCCUACCCAGUGAAGUGCUGCCUAGUUGAUGUGUGAGAAGAUAUCACAUCUCUUUUUAUUCUUCUCUUUUUAUUAUCUUUCCAUUCCACAUCAGUUCUAAAGAUCUUUUUAAAUACAAGAAUAUCCACACACUUCACUAAAGCUUGCAAGGAAAGAGUUUGCCAUCCUCUCAGUUGUAUUUAUAUACUUUCUGUUGUCUAAUGCAAGUCCAAGAGACAAAUAAACCCGCACACAAAGUGGCAGUGGUAUGC